AUGUGUCUAACAUGUUCAAUUCCAUUUUCUUACAAUAAAAUUGUAUUUGCCUCUAAUGGUAUUAAGUUCUUCAAAAGAUAAUAUUCAUCAUGGAUUAUGUUAUUCGAAUAAUCAUCUAUUUUGAAUUAAUAAAAAUGCUAUUGUUACACCUUAGAGUAAACAGAAACGAAAAUUAAAACUAUUGAACUGAUAUUUUUUCCAAACGUCUUUUCAUUAUAAUUAAUGAAUCCAUAAAUCAUAAUAAUAGCUGAACAUAAAGAAAAAACAGAUGUUAUUUCAUUAAGCACAAAAUUAGAAAAACAAUUCUUUUACGAAACAACACUGUUGUUCAAGUUUAGAUGA